CGAGUCACAAUGGCCCAACUUGCGUUACCUCUGAUUCUCAUCCUCGGCAUUGCCUUCGCCCAGGCUUUCCCUGAGGACCCGACAAGAAUUGUUGGCGGUACGAAUGCCAGGCUUGGACAGUAUCCGUAUCAAGUGUCCCUGAGAAAUCAAGGGUCACACUUCUGCGGUGGUACUUUGGUCGGCCGAAGGCACGUGGUCACCGCUGCUCAUUGCAUUCAGGGUGUCGUGUCCGCCCCGUGGAACGGUUUCACCGUCGUCACUGGUACAGUCAGCCUCAAGAAUGGUGGUCAAAGUCACCGCGUUGCUAGCGCCACCGUACACCCGAAUUACAGCUCCAACAAUGCCCAAGCUUACCCAAAUGACAUUGCCGUCGUCACUGUGAGUAAAGCGUUUUUCAAACGAAAUCGUCUUGUGAUACCCGGUUGUGGUUCACUUCUCGAAGUUAAAACCAGAAUUUCGGGUAUCACUCAAAGGUUAAUAAUUAAGGAUCAACGUUGCGUGGAAAGACUGAACUUUAUUACAAAUGUAGUGAAUAUUACGAGACCAAAACUAAGACUGCCUCAGGACGAGAGGGUAGGGCUAUUUAAGGGUUUGGGAGAAAUGACCUUUGGAUAUGAAGAAGUGGUGGGAAAAGUUUGGAAGAUGACAAGGUUCAGAAUGAGUAAUAGUGAUUUUGGUGACUGGCUAUUGAUUUAG